UAUGCCUGUCUUUAAAGCAGCUCCUUGAAGGUUGAGGGGAAGAGAGUUCUGCUUUAUCUCCAGCGCCUUCCCUCCUUGGAUUUACCAAUACUUUUGGGGCUGGGGUUGCUUUAUAACCUCCCCGCCCUUCGGGUUCUAUAUCCUUGUAGAAAUUGACUUUUUCAAAAAAAAACAAAAAAGCAAAUACUUUUGGGGAAUACUGGACGCCAUGUUGUGGAAACUAGCAGACAAUGUCAAGUACGAAGAAGACUGCGAGGACCGCCAUGAUGGAAGCAGCAACGGGAAUCCUAGAUUGCCUCACCUCUCCGCUGUCAGCCAGCAUCUCUACAGUCCAGCUCCCCCUCUUUCCCACUCGGGGAGCUCUGACUUCCAGCCACCUUAUUUCCCUCCCCCCUAUCAGCCUUUGCCUUACUCCCAGUCCAGUGAUCCUUACUCACACCUCGGGGAUCCUUUUUCCAUCAAUCCACUUCAUCAGCCGCCACCUCCUCCUCCCAGCCAGCAGCAAACCAGCUGGCCCAACCGUCAGACCAGCCAAGACCAUUCUGGUUUAUCCCACCAUGCCCGUUCUGGCUUGGUGCCUCAUCUCCCAGCACUGGAAAGCGGCUCCCUUGGGGCAAGAAGGGAAACCUACAGGCGAUCUGAGCUGCUCCUGCCCCACGGCCAUGGGCUUGACGCUUCCAGUUUAGCAGAGAACUUAGGACUGCAUGACAUGACCCACCAGAUGGAAGAGGUUCAGAAUGUGGAAGAUCAGCACUUAUUAAUGCAUGACCAGACCGUCAUAAGAAAAGGUCCCAUUUCACUAACGAAAAACAAUGCAUUAGGUCUCCCUUGCCAGAAGGAUGGACUUCUGGGUGUAGUGAUCAAUCCCAACGAAGUGUUCUGCUCUGUUCCUGGCCGGCUCUCUCUCCUCAGUUCAACAUCGAAAUACAAAGUGACGGUGGCUGAGGUCCAGCGAAGAUUGUCUCCUCCAGAAUGCCUGAAUGCAUCUCUGCUGGGAGGAGUCCUCCGAAGAGCCAAAUCUAAAAACGGGGGCCGCUCACUAAGGGAGAAGCUGGACAAAAUUGGCUUGAAUCUUCCUGCAGGCAGAAGGAAAGCUGCAAAUGUGACAUUACUUACAUCGUUGGUAGAAGGGGAAGCUGUACAUCUUGCCCGCGAUUUUGGCUAUGUGUGUGAAACUGAAUUCCCUUCAAAAGCUGUGGCGGAAUAUUUAACUCGGCCCCAUCUGGGCCGGAAUGAGAUGGCCAGCAGGAAAAAUAUGCUUCUGGCCGCAAAACAGAUCUGUAAAGAAUUCACAGAGCUUCUCACUCAGGAUCGAACCCCGCUUGGCAACGCGAGGCCAAGUCCCAUCUUAGAUCCUGGCAUCCAGGGAUGUUUGACUCACUUCAGCCUGAUCACACAUGGAUUUGGGAGUGCUGCCAUCUGCGCCGCGAUGACAUCGGUGCAGAACUACCUGAACGAAGCUCUCAAGCUAGCAGACAAAUCAUACAUGAAUGCAGGAGAUCAAAGUCCCCCAGAUGGCAAUAAGAACCUUGAGAAGAUGGACAAGCACAGGAAGUGAGCAUGGAAAAGAUGACAAAGACACAGAGACCCACACAGAGAAAAUAGACUUUAAAAAACUGUUACUGCACACAGACUUAAAGAUCUUCUUGCCUAGAAGGCAUGUAGAUAUUUCUUAGACCUUGCUUCGGGGCAUCUUUUUCUCCUUUUUUUUUUUUUUUUUUAAAUUUUCAACCACAUCCUUUUCUGGAGACGUGUGUUGUCUCUUUUCUCCUCUUUUAAAGCUGCUGUUAUCCAUUCAUUUGGGACCAUGUACCUGAAGGUAAACAUGGAUUUAUCUUUUUAUUAUUAUUUUUUAAAAAAAUUUAAAUUGUGUAAAAGGUGGUGCUAUCUCUUUUAUUUUUUCCUCGUAUGGAAAUUUGUUACACGCUGUACCUGGACACUUUUGCAGGCAAUGUUUUUCCUCCAAUAUAUUUAUGUGUGGUGGAAUCUCAGUGAAAUUUCAGCAAUAAACCAGUUUCAGCACAUGCUCACAAGUUUUCCCUCUGUGGGAAAAAAGAAGAGACCGCAUCUUCUUUCUGUUCAAACAAAAUCCAAGGUUUGUUGUUGCAUCUGAAAAAUAGCGAGCUGCAGUUUGCGGAACUACCCUAAGCUGCCAUUUGAUUCUCCUAGUUUUUGACUAGCCAAGAUUUUGUAACCUCUUCAGAUGCAUCAAUAAGCUAUAAUUAAAACAGGAAGCAGAUGUUUCGGUAUUCAUUGCCACUGCCAAAGGACCAGAUUUCUAUGUGUGUUAAAGAGACAGAGAUGGAAAAGGGAGAGGAAAGUACAUUGGCUGGACCAAGUUAGUUUUAAAAUUAUAGUUAAACUUUUUAUCAGUCAGGCUGUGUAAGAGAGGUCAUGCCCAUAUCUUGUAGAACAGGACCAGCAUGAUUGUGUAGUAGUUUUUAAGUAAGUUAAGUUUUGAGAAACUAAUUAAGAGGGAUAAUUAAAAAGUUUGAGCGUGCUGUGAGAUUCAGGCAAAGGCCUGAUCACGUUCUAAGUUGCCUCAGUUGAUGCUCAGACAUUCAGAGCUAUCUAGAUUAUUCAUGAAGAAUUUCCACCACACCCCAAAAAGCAAAUACCGUAUCCGGUCACUAAAUCAGGUGGAUUUCAAUGGUCUCAGUUGCUGAAAUCUUGUGACAUUAAUUCUUGUAGCAUCAUAACCUUAGUAUUGUGUUCAUUUUUGCAUCUGCAGCAUCAUGUGAUAUCUCUUGAAAAAUCACCCAAAGAAUUCAUUUUAAAUGUGCAUCCAUGUUGUAGUAUGGAAGUUAGACUGGGUUCCUAUUACUUCAUUGAAAACCAACAGGUAAAAAGAACAUAGUGCAGUAUUAGCCCCUGUUUUUCUGAGUUUUCGACAAAAUACUGAGAUUCCUGGUUUUAAUUAGAGAAAAAAGCAAUAAAAUGAAACAAUGUGAUAGUUUUGAACAUGCUUGCCUUUUAUUUUAUUUUUAAAAAGUUCUGAUUUCUAGGCAUAAUUUAAGAAACACAUAUUUUAAUAUAAUGGGGUUGCAGAUUUUUUUUAAAAAGUUGCAAGACUGAAAUGUUCUGUAGCAGAUCUUUUGUAUUCAAGGAAGAAUUACUUUGAGCUAAUAUUAAAACCUUAAUUUUUCAUCCACU